GCAUAUUGGAGCCUUUUUGUAAGGAUUUCUGGUUGAUGUAUGUACUAUGCCCUAUUUUCUUUCUAACCAACUACUUGUUUACAUGUGUUAAAAUCCAGGCCAGGCUGGGUAGAGGAGUUGACUGUGGCACCAGCACUGUAAACAUCUGGUGGAUUUGGGAACAGACCCUGUAGGAAAUGGAGCUCAUGGGCCUGGUUAAAGGAGCUUGUCACAUGGUAUCUGUAACGCUUAAUCAGGACUGGGAUUUUUGCAAACAAGACUUCUCUUUCUCCUCUUGCUGCAAACAGAGCCCUUUUCUUCUAAUGGUCGGAAUUUGUCCAUUAAAAAGGUUGUGAGUAACAAAGAACUCUUUACACAGCUUUGGAACAACUUGGCACACACAGUAGUGUAGGAGGGGCUUUUUCAGAGCAACAUGCCUUCCACACAGUAUGUUGUUAGUUGUCUGGCAAAUAAGGUUUCUAAAGGGAGAGAAUCCAAACCGAACCAAAUGCCUUCUCUUUGGAAUUGCUGGAUCUGUAUAAAUAUCAGGAAUAGUUCCACCUCUGCGCUGAACAAGGUACUUCAAAGCAAAUAAGUGGCGAUCAAAUCCUUGACCUGGAUAAAAAAGAGGCAGAUUAAUUGAAUAUAAAGAAGACAAGAUUACCCAACAAGACAUGAACGGAAACUCCCCAGAGCUACGGCGAUUGCGACUAGGUGAAUGAAACAGCCUCAGGAAAUGGAGGAAGAAUAAAUUCAAACGGCUUUGGAUUUAUAAUGCGAGCAGCUUUUGUGGAGUUCGAAGGAAAUUUGCUUUCGUGCUUCUGGAUUUAAAAUCAUGUCUGUUCACAUUGUAGCCUUUGGGAAUGAAAGAGAUGGAUUUUCCGAGGAUGAUCAGCAGAAGAGUUUGAUCUGGACCUAUCUCGGGAGAAGUGCUUUAGUUUCAGAGACUGACAGUAAUUUGUUAUUAAACUCUGCCACUUACCUUAGAAAUCCUGCAUUCACCGAGUAUCAAGCUUGUGUGUUUGGAAACGUCAGAUUGGUGAUACAUGACUGUCCUCUCUGGGAUAUUUUUGAGAGUGACUGGUAUACAUCUCGGAACCUCAUUGGAGAAGCAGAUAUCAUUGUGAUUAAAUAUUCUGUAAAUGACAAGUCUUCAUUUCAAGAAGUAAAAGAUAUUUAUGCACCACUGAUAAAGAAAACACUUAGUCACUGUUCAGUUCCAGUUAUAAUUUCUGCUGUUGGUGCAAGACAAAACGAAGUCCCCUGCACUUGUCCUUUGUGUAUCUCAGAUAGAGGUAGCUGUGUUACAGCUUCUGAAGGAAUUCAACUUGCUAAAGAACUAGGAGCCACUUACUUGGAACUGCAUAGCCUCAAUGAUUUUUACAUAGGAAAAUAUUUUGGUGGGGUGCUGGAAUAUUUUAUGAUACAAAGCUUGAAUCAGAAAUCAUCUGAAAAAAUGAAGAAAAGGAAGAAAAGUCAUAAAUGUCAAGGAGUUAAGCCACCUCAGCUUGAUCAGCCAGAAAAAAUGCCUAUCUUAAAAGGCGAAGCCUCACAUUAUGACUCUGAUUUACGUAACUUGUUGUUCUACUGCCAGUGUGUUGAUGUGAUAUUUUACUCUGAAGACUUGAAGGAGGUAGCAAAAGCACACAGGAUUGUUUUAUGCUCUAUUAGCCAUGUCUUCAUGUUGCUUUUUAAUGUGAAGAGCCCAACUGACAUUCAGGAUUCUUCUAUCAUUAGAACUGCUCAAUCUCUCUUUGCAGCCACUCAGGAAACUCUGUUUCCCAUAUUAAAACAUGGCACAUCAUGUGGUUCACCAGUAAGAGUCAUUGUUAAAGACUCAUUCUUCUGCUCUUGUUUGACAGAUAUUCUGCACUUCAUUUAUUCAGGUGCUUUUCAAUGGGACCUAUUGGAAGAGCACAUUAAAAAGAAACUGAAAAAUCCUGGGGAUGUUGAACUUGUUCUUGAGAGAGUAAAAUGUAUCUUGAAAAUUCCAGGAAAGGUUAAUGGUUCACAAAAUUAUAGAACUUAUUUGUCAAAAAGACCGCUACAUUUAUGUAACAGCUCUCUCAGACUUUUCUUUAACACCACAGUAUUAGCUGAUGUCAUGUUCAAAAUUCAAGGUGCUACAGUACCAGCUCACAAAGCAGUGCUGGUGGCUCGCUGUGAAGUAAUGGCUGCUAUGUUUAAUGGCAACUAUAUUGAAUCAAAUAGUUUUUUGGUUCCAGUUUAUGGAAUUUCUAAAGAUACAUUUCUAUCUUUUUUAGAGUAUCUAUAUACAGAUUCCUGUUGUCCAGCCAGCAUUCUGCAAGCCAUGUCACUUUUAAUAUGUGCUGAGAUGUAUCAAGUUUCAAGGCUCCAGCACAUCUGUGAGCUUUAUAUAAUAACACAACUCCAGAGCAUGCCUAGUAGAGAAUUAACAUCUACGAGCCUGAGUGUGGUCACCUUGCUUCAGAAAGCAAAGUUUCAUAACUCGGAUUGUCUUUCAAAUUGGCUGCUUCAUUUUAUUGCUUCUAAUUACUUAAUCUUCAGUCAGAAACCUGAGUUUGAAGAUCUUUCAGUGGAAGAACGCAAUUUCAUAGAGAUGCACAGAUGGCCUUCUAGUAUGUACCUGAGACAGCUUACGGAGUACAGGAACUACAUUCAUUCUCGGAAAUGUCAUUGUCUAAUAAUGUAAAAUAAAAAAUGAUCUUUAUUUAUGAAUGAUUGAAAGCUUUGCUUCAGAAAUCUUACAAUUGAAAUUUGAUAUUUAGCUUAAAUGUUGCACUUGCUAAUGAAUAACUACAGUACUGUUUAAAAGCAUGUGAAACAUAUUGUAAUAUAUGCAUUUACUAAGAUGAAUUUCAGUUGUAUUGUUAGGUUUGAUUCUAUACUAUUUUAAGGUUUUUAGAGGAAUAUGUACUAAUUUGAAAUAUUUGUUAGCCUAUUAUGUAUCUAGCAUUCCAGGAGCUUGAAGGAGAGAUUCUGCAUUCAUUAAUCACUUUUUAAGCUAUUUUUUUUUGAAGAUUUUAGUAAGUUAUUUAUGACCUUUUAGAAAUUUUAUAUUUUGUAAAAAUACAGAGCUUGUAAAAAGAACAUUCUAUUUUGCAACUAAAAAUGUACCUCUUCCCAAUCUGCAUCAAAUUUCUGAAAAAAAAAAAUCUCAGAAAAUUAUUUAAACUUUUCCCUCACUGAGGAACCUUGUAUAGUAAAAGAGUCCCAGUAUGGUUUUUCUAGGUAUUGUAAAACAAAAUUAGGUUUGAAAAAUAUUUUGGUGUUGUUUCCUGUAUAAUUGCAUAUAUAGAAGUCUUUUCUUAAGUUUCUUUUUUGUGCAAAAAUAACCCAUUUAUAGUAUUCUGACAAUAACAAUUCUAAAUUCUUUCCCCAGGUAGAUAAUAAUUUAACAAUUUCACAUUUCACAAUUUUGAAAAGAACAUUAUUCCUAAAAAGAUAUGUGUAAAUUCAAGCAGUGGCCUGUGUGUGUUUGUAUAUAUUCAGUUCAUCCCUGAAAGCUGUGUUAUAGUUUGUUUCCUAUAUUUAGUAUGUGAGAGGUCAAGGGAAAAAGAAUGAAAUACUAAAUUUACAUAUACUGAUCAUAUGGAUCCAGACCUUUUAUGCUCUUGGGGCAUAAGCACACUAAUUCACUGAGUCCUUUCUAUAAUUCUCCUCUCAUUUCACUGAAGAAUUUAAUAAACUCAACUAGGGGCUGUGCUGCAUGUCCACUUUCCCCCGACAUAUUUUAUCCAUUAAGGCAUUCUUGUCAAUUUUCCCAGAUAGGUCUGCACUGUAUUUAGACAAUGGGACUGAUUGGGCCAAGUUUCUGAGGAUUUCAUACCUCUCAUUUUUGAGUAGAUGCACAUUAUUACUAAGAUUGUAGUAUUUUCUAUCUUUAUAUGUGAUUAAGUAUAUGUUUUACAACCCACAUAGACCUGCAAUGACAUCCACAUUGUAUCCUCCAUAUGUACAAAAGUGGCAUUAGAAUGUUCCAAUGGUAAAUUAAAGCAACAUUUGAAUCAGGAACUAUCUGACCACACACUUUCAGAGGCAAUGCACUGCUUCACCUACAUAUAUUAUAAUACUCGUAUAAAUAAUGUUUUAUAUAAUGUUUUGUAUUGUUUCUAAAAUGCCAAGUAGGAUGCUACAAUUAAUUUAUUUCUAGUAGUGGAUUUUUUAUUAAGGAAACUUAAAAACAUUUUCAGCAUUUUUGUAUGACUAUAAAUUCCAUGGAAAUAGAUACAUUAAAAUCAAUUUAUAAUAUGUUCCUUUGCUUUAAUUUAAAAAUGGUAAUAUAUUUUUUAUAAAUCAGUACAAUAACAAUGAAAAUCCCCAUAUAACAAUGCCUAUUUGUUAAGUAAGGAGGCACAAAGAUUCUGUGUACUAAAACAACAAUAAAUCACGAACUGAUUUGGUAUUUAGUGAUUUUAUUUUAUUUGUAAAUCUAGGCAUAAUUUUUCAAAUGAUUCAAAUGUUUUAAGAUUAUGAUUUAGUAUAAAUGUUCCUUUUAUCUGAAAGUUGAAAAGUGUAUACUUAUGACACACUUCAUCCUCAAAAUAUUAACAUUCCAAUGCAGCAGUAGUAGACAAAGGUAAGAUGACAGUAUAAAGCAGAAAUAUUAAUUUUUCUGCAACCUAGGAAAAAAAUGAGUUAAGGAAUGGUGUUCCAAGCCUGUAUAGGGGUAGAAUGGGGAGCUACAUACUGUAUGGAAUACUUUAUGUUAAUGAAUUCUUACAUAGAUAGGAAUACUGUAUUGUUGAACAUCUUUGAAUUCACCUGCAGAUAUGCAUAACUAGUAACCUGCAAAUUCUUGGGUAGCAAUGGCAUGUUUUGCAAAAUAGCUCAUAAAAUGACUUUAUUUAUUGUAUUUAUAGUUUCUUUGGGAUGCACAUGCACUGCACUAUAAUCUCUUCUCAGAUUAUGACAGCUAUCCAUAGUCCUUCAGAUUCAUAGGAUUAAGUUGUAAUUUAUUAUAUUUCUUAAACUUUUUAAUGGACAAUUAUGUCUACUGUGAAAUAUAAUCUGCAGCAGCUUCUACAUUUCUGAUAGCAUUAUAUUUAUUAAUACCAAAGAAUUAAUAAGUAGUAAUCUAUAGACAUCACAUAUUGAAUGCAUUCCUUUAAAAUCUAUUUUUAUAAGAAAAGCAUUUCUAUUUGCACACUGUUACUGUUUUUUGAUGAAUAAAUGUUGAUAUCAAGCCAGCAUGGAAGUUUACAGAGAUGCAACCUUAAAAUUGCAGUUAAAAUGUUGAUUGAAAAUUAUCACAUGAAUGAUUGUGGCUUCACUGCAAAAAAAAGCCCCUUUAUUUUGGCAUGUGUUGGGCAUGUAGUAACUUUACAGGUUAACAGGUUCUUAAAUUCACCAUAUUUAAUCAUGCUAUUUAAUUCCUUGUAAUAUGGCAUUUUUAGUAAGUGCUUAUUUCAUGUGAUUUAAUGGUAAAUAGCUGCAGUCCAAACACUUUUUAAGCUGUCUGUAUUUGAUUUGAUCUUAGCAUUUAAAGUAGAAAAAUUAUCACACGUUGUAUAUGCUUAAUUGUAAUAUUUGAUUGGCAAUACAAAGCUGCAGGUUCUGACUAAGAAGAUGCAUGUGGUAAUGUGCAGAAAAGUGAAUGCAGCAGCAGACUGGAAACAGACACAGCAAUCUUUCUGAGUUGGAGACGCAGGGCUUCAUUUGGGCUCCCACAUAAUCCAUAGCAGUUGUUCAUAACCACAAAUGAAGCACUGUACAGCCUUAUAUUUCCUUUUUUUAAUGCCUUGAAGCCUGUGUUGAUUCCUGAUCAUUGCCUGGGCAAGUCCCUGCAGUAUUUUUCAAUAAGAGUUCAGAAGCAGCUUGCCAUUGCUACCUACCUUGGCCUAAGAGAGAGUGAGAGCUGUGUUUUUCUAAAAACAAUAAAAUUCUUUUCAGCCAAUCCUGACAUUGCUCUCAAUUAAAAUGAUUUUAGGGAUGUCUUUAAAGGAAGAUGACAGGUGCCCUAUUGCAUAGACUUAAUGGUAGCCUAUAAAAUUGCAUAUUUUGUGAACUGUUCUGUCCAGUGAUAUUAAAAGACCUCAAAACUUAAUCAUAAAGACAAAGUUUCAUUCAAUCAAACAAAUACGUGGUGAAAAGGCUAACUAACCCAUAAGGUGUAGAGGUAAUUCUUGACUUGUGACUGGUAUAAUGGCAACCAUUCAAAGUUCUGAAGAACAGCCCUGGGGCUAUAUAUGACCUGGAUUCAAAGUUCUGAUCUCCACGUCUCUCAAGGAUCAUAUAACUACACUUCAGCUUGCAUUUAUUGCAUGUCCUGUAAUCAGGUAAUGGUUUUUCCCAAAACCAGCAUUUACUUGCAAUUUUCUGCAAAACCAUCUCAUAGAAAAUCUUGGCAGGUUUCAUUACAAUUGUAACUGAAUGAAUACACCUGUACAGGAAAGGUAAAUAGACCCUUUGUCACAAUGUGUGUGUGUGUCUCUCUCAUCCCUCCCUCUCAUAUCAGGGAUGAAAAAGUCCAGGAUUUUGUUUCACAUGAUGGCCAACUAGGUUCCUCUGUUGUGCUUGUAAACAGGAGAUGGUGAAAUUCUGCUCUUAUUUUUACUUCUCCAACCACGGGUAUUUGAAAUUAUCCUGUCUCCAGUCCAGAAUAGUUAAUGAAUUGAUCCAGGUAAAUUUAUCUUAGCCCCUUUGAAAGCAAUACAAGUGUGGGGCCAUCAUCCUUGCAAUAAUAAAUGCAUAGGUUUAUUACAUGUUGAUUGAAGAAAUACUUUCUUUUGUUUAUUCUCAGUCUCUUUUCAGUCAAGAUCAGAAGAUCCUUGGUUGGUCUUAGCAUCUUGCAAGAGAAAGAAAAUGUCCAUGUCACUGUACCAUACAUUAUUUUAUGUACCUCAGUCAUAUCCUUACCCCAAGUUCUGUGCCUUUUAUCCAAAAUAAAAAUGCUCAGACAUUCUAAACUUUUAUCAUAGGGAAAGUAUUCAGUUCUCCUGAUCGUUUUGUUCCUCUUUUCCAGCACUUGUAUCCUUUUUCAAAUGGUGUUUGAAAAUCUAUGUUGUUUGUUGACUGUAACAAUAAGGUAACAAUAGUAACUUUUUAAGAUUAUAACGGUAUAUUCCCAUGAGCAGUAAAUAAAUAUGAUAUAUUGGUUUAUGUUUAAAUCAUGCAUUUACUUGUAAGGAAAGAACAU